AUGAGAAGCAAGCAUUUGCACGAUGUUGAUGCUGGUGGAGGUGAUAAACCAGUCGAGAAACAACUCAAACGAAAGGGGAAAGAGUUGUGUAUAGAUGAUGAUUUUGUUGAAGAUUCCUCUAAAAUUCCAUCUGUGAAAAAACCCAAGGUCUCUCCUUUUUCAUCAAAAUCAAAAAAGAAGAAACCCUCCAAAAAAGUACCAAAAUUGGUUCACAAAAAGAUUUUGGUAAAGGGUGAAAAAUUGAAUUUUUCCUUGAGAGAAUUUGGGUUGAUUAAUGGUUUAAAUAGUGUGAAUAAUUUUUCAGACUAUAGUUACACUUCCACUUAUGUUAGCCAUUUAAUGACUACCUAUUUUCCGAACAAACAAAGGGUUGAAAAGUGGCAUUUGAAAAAUGUAGUCACAAAUAAAGUUUGGGCAAACGAUGAGGAUGCAGUGAGGUUGUGCAUUCUUUAUCUGUUGGAAUUUUUUGUUUGUCCUUCUGAUAAAGACCAUGUGUCUUUCAUAGACAAGUUUAUGUUCUUUCUGAUAGAGUCUGGUAAUUUUGAGUCAUACCCAUGGGGUAUCAAAUCCUUCAAGCAGGUUAUUGAAUCUGUCCGACAUCGUCUUAAUCCCCAUGUACAUUCUUAUCUGAUACGGGGAUGCUCAUUAGCCUUGCAAGUGUGGCUAUAUGAGUGUUGCUCGUCCGUCAGCACGGAGCUUGCUACGAGGUGUUCUGAAUCUAUACCUCGCAUUUUAAGAUGGUCAGCUACAAAGGGCCAGAUUUGGUUAACUGCAAUUGAAGAGAAGAUGAUCAAGCCUGAGUGGCUCAAGUUCACAAGCAUGACUGAAUCUGGAGAAGAGAUUGGAGUGCUUAAUCUUCCAGACAAGAUUCAGUAUGAAGAUGAACAUGGUGCUCAAUCAUCACAGGUUCCAAUUGAUGCUUCUCCAACAUUUGAACCAAAACAUACAGAUUGUCAAGAGGACACUGAAUCUGUGACUAGCAAGCUCAGGAAGUUGGAAAAGGGGAUUGAGCAGGUUGAUGGAAAGUUAGUUGAAUUUAGUAAGGCUGUUUUUGAGGAACUCUCAAGCCUUCGAGAGUUCAUAGAUGUUUCUGUGAAGAGUGUUAUGAAGGUGAUAAACAGCAAGUACGAUGUGGACGAGUCAAGGUUUGCUGGUAGUUCAACCAAAAAUAAUGAUCAACAACAACGAGAGAACAACCAGCAAUUUCAGUUCAACAUUGGUGAUCAAGUGCAUGCAAGUACAAGCAAUACCGCUGCAAUUUCUCCGGACCAUGUCCAAGCACAUGUUGAGGAAGAACCAGAAUUUGAAGAAGUAGCUGAGGCACAACAAGCAAAAGCUGGAGUUUCUCCUGGAGCUGUGCCAGCAAUGGUUGAGGAAGAACCAGGAUUUCAGGAAGGAGCUGAGGUAGAAAAAGCAGAUAUUGAAGAUAACGUUCCACAGUCGCCAAUUCACGGUGCGACUGUGAAUGAACUUGUUCCUGAAGGUUCAGGCAUUGACAAGAAAGGUCUGACAUUGGAUGACUUUGAGUUGCUAGACAACUUAACACAAUUGGUCAUGUAUGUCGAGCCCAUACCAGAUGAAGCAACCCCUAUUCAUCCGGGUAGAACCAGGCAACCGGGGAAACAUGCACGAUCACCUUUCACACCUCUGUAUAGUUCUGGAGGCAGCACCUAUGUCGGACCUAAAUUUUUCUACCUCAAGCACCCCUUCACAACUGUUAUAGGUGAAAAUGUAGAUGCUGAUUUGAUAGAAAGGUUCACCAACUGGUUAUACCUUCGUAGUGACAAAGUAUCUAAGAGGAGGAAAGAAUACUUUUCCAAAAAGGAUAACCAAAUCAAGCCUUGGUUAGACCUUGGUUGUGAAAAGGUGGAUAAGAAGGACUGGUUUUAUGCCCUUGCUCACCCAGGACAAGUCAUCAAUAACACGCACAUUGAUGUUAUUAUGUAUUAUUUGAGAAAAAGAGGCAAGUAUGGCCCCAACAACGACAUUAGGUUCACAACAACCGAUUGCUUGUUCAGGACCAAGAUUGAACGAAUCUAUGACAAGUUCAUAAGUUCUCCACCAGAACUUAAGUAUUCGGUUGUUAAAUCAGAUGAUGAUGUUGCAGAAUAUAUCCUUGGGUAUAGACUUCUUGCUAAUGUUGCCUGGGAUGUAGUUGACUAUGUCAUCAUGCCUGUGAACAUUGUAGAGAAUUUCCAUUGGUUGUUGCUCGUUUUCGACAUAGCGGACAGGCAACUUUAUGUUUACGAUUCCAUGGUUUCUUCAAACCGUCAUAAUACUGUUGAAUCAUUGGUUGAUAAGUUUUCAAUCAUUAUCCCUCUGUAUUUGUCUUGCACUGGUUUCUACGGGAAAUGUAAAGACAUUGACUUCAAGACCACAAAGGCAUACAUUGAGAAACCAGUUACAGACCCUCUCAACAUACAGUGGAUGGUUGCGGAGAUUCCACAGCAAAAGGAAGGAUCACUCGAUUGUGGUGUAUUUGUGGCGGCUUUUGCGGAGUAUGUUAGCCUUGGAGAUUUGGCAAUCCCAAAAGAAGAUCUUUCUGAUAUCGACCAACACCGUAGACGCUAUGGAGCUCUACUAUGGGACUAUGCUGCAAAGAAGCAAGAAGAUGGGUCAAUCAGUGAAAGUGAGGUUACAGGCAGGCUAUUAAGGAGGAAGGGUGCUCCUGCUAAAAAUGAGAGGACUAGAGUACAGAGAAAGAAGAAAUAGAGUCUUGUGUUCCUAGUUUAGUUGAUGUCAUUUUGUAGUUGAAGUGGA